AUGCUAGGAUUCAGCACCUGUCUGAUUCUCUGCUCUGUGUUGACUUGGACAAGGGCCACAUUUUUCCAGUCUCAUUAUUUCGCGGACACUCAUUUAGAUGACGCAGUAUUCUAUGAUUCUCUUCUGUCACUACACCAUUGUGGCUCUCUCACGCUGUGUUUCGCUAUGUGUGGUCAGAACUGUCACUGUCUUGGCUACAACUCCCUGACAAAGAGGUGUCAUCUAUAUAAAUCAUGUGAUUCUGUGACUAUAACUGAUAACGAGACUGGGUGGAGGUAUUACAAUUCAAAAUUAGAAGGAGAGGGUUGGCUGUUGUAUGAGAUGCAUUAUUACUUACAAAUCAAGAAUAGGGUCACAUGGCCAAAUGCCAAGGAUGACUGUGAAAGGCAAGGGGCCUACUUGGUUACCAUAGACACGGAAGAAGAAAAUAAAUGGUUGACAGAAACGUUCCUGCCAGUCUCGGGUCCUGGUGCGAACGAUAUUGAACAGGAGGGGAAGUUUGUCUGGACAGGAAACAACCGUAACGUCACUUCCUACUCCAACUGGUACCCCAGUGAACCGGAUAAUGCUUGG